UCAAGAUAAACACUUUGGCUUCCCUGGUUACAGAUUGUGUGACUAGUUCAUGAGUUGAGAAGAUAAUGAAAAUGUGAUAGAACUUUAAUCAAAUUAUGUAUCUUUAUUGGGUUAGGUGAUCAUCACUUUUGUUUAAAAGGUGAAGACCAACACAAAUACAAAAUGCCACUUGCACAAACCAGACUAGAGACCCUUCAGGUCUGCAAGCUGCUACAAUGUGUCCGGGAUAAGGACAAGGCACAGAUUGAGAAGAUGUCAAUGCAGGGAGUUCCACAUCUCAUUAACUACAAUGAUGCUAAUGAGGGGCACACUGCUCUCUCUGUAGCAGCAACAGCUAACGAUGAGGACAUGAUUGACUUUCUACUGAGCCUUGGUGCUCAUCCAGAUGUAGUUGACUUUAAAGGUCGAUCUGCAGCUAUGAGAGCAGCUGAAUAUGGACAUGUGGACUGUCUUGCAAAACUGGCUGAGAAAGGAGCAAAUAUGAAAUUAACAGACAGGGAAGGAAAAGGCAUUUUGUUUUACUGUAUUUCACCAACACAACGUCAUGCAAAAUGCCUCGAGAUUGCUGUGCUGAAUGGAGCAGAACCAAAUAACACAGAUAAACAGGGAAUCCCGGUGCUAUUGCAUGCCUGUGAGACAGCCAUGGACAAUGAAGAUAUGUGCUUACUUCUAGUACAGAAAGGCGCGGAACCAAACUCCAAGCAAGAGGAAGCAGAAGAAGGGUUUGGUUCCGAACCUAAGAAAAAAACCAAACCUCAAAAGAAAAAAUCGAAAAAACGAGUUAAGGGGUUAAAAUUUGUAGACCCAGAUGAGAAAACUGGGAAGACGGCCCUGAUGGGGGCAGCUGCCAGUGGGAGCGUGAAAGUGGUGCGAGCCCUUCUCCAGAAUGGGGCUGAUGUCAAUGUCACCGAUCUCAGACAUAACCAUGCAUCACACUUUGCUGCUGCUAAUGGCCAUCUGGAAGUGUUGGCAUGCAUGGCUGGAUACGGGGCCUUGUUUGACCAGGUGAACGCUGAGGGGAACACCCCACUCCACAAUGCUGCGGCAGGCGGACAUGGCAUGUGCCUCAAGUUCCUAGGGCAGAGAGGUUGUAAUCCAAAACCAAAGAACAAUGAGGGUAACACAGCUAGAACCAUCGCCAAAGACAUGGGAAACAAGGAGGCCAUGAAAGAAGCAAGAAAAGCGGAAAAGGCUUUCGGCAAAGUUGGCAAAAAUAAUGAACCAUAUGCAAUUGCCUUGUAUGACUUUAUAUAUGAGAGACAAGAUAUGGUGAAAAACAUGUUUCAGAAGUAUUAUGACCCUGAUGAAGAGGGGACAGUGAGUAAAAAUGAGUUCCUGGACACAAUUAUGGGCAUGAGCCCACCAAUUAGUGAGGAAGAGCUGCGUCGAGUGCAGGCUGCCCAAGACAAGGGUGGGAAAGUGGACUAUAACGAGUUUAUUAGUGGUAAGAAAUAUGUGAAUAAAAACUAUUUAAUGAGUGCAUUUGAAGGUAAGAAAAAGAAAGGAAAGAAGGGCAAAAAGGGUGGUAAGAAGAAGGGGAAGUUUAAGCUUGUCAUGCCGAUAUGCACAUCAGAGGAUGGUCCUAGAACAUAUGGUGGGGGUCCCCCAGAAAUGUUUAUAGAGAGGCAUAUCCACUUCACUGACACGGGAAGGUUUGACCGAGACCACCCACCUAAACACCCAUUGCAGGAUGACUCGGCCUGGUACCUCCAGCACCCUGAGAAAACAUACCUGAACAUCAACGAUGCUGCCCGCAGUGGGGACUUUGACUCGAUGAAGAAUGCUUUCCAGAGAGGUGUCUCUGCAGACACCAGGGACAAGUACUACAAGACUCCUCUUAUGGUGGCAGCAUCUUCUGGCAACAUGGAAAUGGUCAAGUUCCUAUUGGAUAAUGGGGCCUCGGUGAAUGCACGUGACAACUUCAAGUGGACACCUCUACACCAUGCCGCUCAUGCGGGCCAGCUAGACAUCGUAGAGACUCUCUUGGCUCAGGGUGCAGAGAUGGAGGCCACUGCCAUGAGCGGAGGCACGCCCCUCACCCGCGCUAUUGAGUCGUCACGGGAACAGGUCGUUGAAUUCUUAAUGAGCAAGGGUGCCAGGGUGCAAAUAGAAAAUAAGAAAGGUCAUACUCCUUUGGACAUUGCUCAGUCAUGGGCAGACCCGAGGGUGUUGCAGUGUGUACAGUCAAGGUUUGACAGCCUGCCACCCCUUAAGGACGGGAAAGGCAAGAAGGGUAAGGGUGGGGGCAAGGCUACACCCAAACGCCCCCAGUCGGUGCCUGCUGGAGACGGGGACCUAAAACCUCCUGGAACUGCCAGGGACAAUCCUAGCAGUGCCCGAGCCCUAAUGGAGGAGGGGCAGCCUCGUCAGAGAAAGGGCUCCAUUCUUCGGGCAGCAUCUGCACUCGCGGGUGGGCUUGAUGAGCAGGAAAACAUCACGUACACACCCCUCAAGGCCUGGACCAAACAGCCAACCACAGGGGAACUUAUUCACGAGAAAGUCGUCAAUCGGGAUCGCUUCGGCUGGGAAGUGGAUUUCGAGGACUUUGAAAUGCCGUUUAAGAAAAAUGUCUCAAAUAAAAUUCAAGAAAUGGGCGGGGUUGAUGAUGAUUGAUCAUAAUAUGGACACAUAGAGACUAUUUCAAGGGGCUUCUUCCACUAUGAAAGACUUGUGUCAUGUAAAGACACAUUUGUUUAGUCAUUUGGCAAUAUACUUUGAAUAGUUAAUUCAAGCAUUAUUUUUAUUAUAGUGUGUGGGCUUUAAUCAGUUCCAUUGGUGAGUUGUAAACCUCAUGCUCUUGAUACUUCUACAUGUAGUUAAACAGUUAAGUUUUAACAUAUAGCCUAGCAUUUGGGGAUUUUUCGUUCACUCCUGUUCUUUAUUUUUGAUACUGUCCACUUUAUUGCCAUGUAUUGGAGUCGGUCUGUGAUAAUCUGAGAAUGUAUAUCAGCUCAUGCAUACAGAUAUUUUGUAUUCUCUGUGAUAACUGCUGAUAUAUGUGAAGUCAUCUGUGAAAAUGAGUUCUUUUAUCGAAAAAAAACUAAAUUAAAAGUAAUGAAUAAACUUACACAAGAUAUAAAAGUAUU